GCUUCAGACUGCGUUUUUAUUGAGGCGAAAGACUACACCGCAAUCGUUCGGAUUGGACUCGGGUUCUAACGGCAGCGACCGUAGAAAUCGAUGAGUUCGGGUCUGCCCAUCUCGAGCCAUCUCCCCGAUAUUGAUUCACUCAUCGCAUCAUUAAGCUAUCACACAUCUAACAAAGCAUAUAAUGCACAGUUGAAUACAUUAUUGUUUGCGGUACUAAAAGCAUGACCACAAUUAUAUAGGCUUUCUCAGUUUUUUCUUCCUUUUUCUCCACAUAUUCUACUAACAUUGCAGACCUCCAACUUACCAAAGCCUGGAAGUAAAAGAGGAGGAGGAGGAGAAAGGAAGCCUUUUAAUAGCACUCAGCCCAACCUUCUUCCAUGGCCAUGGAUCUGGCGCGCAUCGCAGCACCCGCGAGCCGAGUCGAGGCUCGAACGAUGAGCUCCACAGGCACGCCCGAAGCCGCCCUGGAGCUCCUCAGCAUCGCCUCCUCCCGCGUGCCGCCCCCUCUCCACCCGCGCCUCCUCGCGGCGAGCCACGGCGCCGCCUCCAAGCUCACCCUCGAGCGCGUCUCCGCCGUUCCCCGGCACGCCCUUCUCGGACGCCCCACAGCAGCGGGCACCGCUUCCGCGACGCGCCGCCUCCCCAGACCGGCACGCCCGCCCCUUCUCGCUAGAACCCCCUCCGCACUCGCCUGCCCCCGCCGCCCGGCCGACGCGGCCGCGAUCGACUCCGCGGUGGAGAUGCAGGAGACCGAUUCCGAGUCGUCAGAGAAUCCGGACCCAGCGGGGCCACAGGCGCUGCACAGGGAGCGGACCGGAGGAGACCCAGCGCCGGCGAGGAGGCGAUCCUCGUCGAGGGCGCCGCACCCGGCGCAGGCGACGCGCCGGAGGUGGCGCGCGACGAGGAAGUUAGCGCCGUGCACGCGGGCGUCGCAUGCCCAGCAGAGGAACGCCGCGUCCGCCUCGCAGUGCACGGCGGCCGCACCGCCGCAGAGCUCGCAGCCCCUCCACCUCGCAGCCUUCAUCCCUCCUGCCGCUAGAUGGCCUCUUUGCAGCACCUUCUUAUAAAGUAGAAUUAGAAGCAGUGGAGUUGGCUGAGAUAUUUUGGGGGGCGUCGAAUUAACUAUUCUUAUUGUGGCUAUUAAGCCAUGAGAUGAUGACGACAGGGGAAUAUAAAGGAGGAAAUCGUUUGCUUUCAGCUGAUUGAUUCUGAUUCAAGUAUUCCUUUGGACGCAACCGCUCAAUUUGUGUUCAUUCUUGGCCACAAAUGAAAUGCAAAUGAUGUGCUCUAAUUACAUUUUUCCUUGGGAUUCUAAGAGUUGUGGUUGAGACACAUUUAGAUUUUUCAUAGAUAUGGACCAAAUCUUGCUUUUGCCCAGGUGGCAGAGCACAUCCUGUGAGGGCUUAUCAGAAAAAUACAAUAAAGAAUGAGA